UACGGAAUAUCGUGACUCUAUCUCAUGAUCUGGCCUUCGCUAAGAUCCGGUCGAGAUUCGUGAAUUUAGGGUGUGUAUGCCUACUUGCCGACUGCACUCUUAUCUUAUGUUUUUUUAUUGAAAUAUAAGUAAAGUUAGCAGCCAACUUGCGAUUAUUGCAAGUCAUUCUGGCUCUUGGGUGAUCAUUUUGUCUCGACUGUGUUUGCCCAGUGAAGUCGAGAUGUGGUCUGAGUCCCAGCAGGUCUGCGGGAGUUGGAGGACUUUGGUGAACAGCCUCUACAAUGACCCCAAGGUGACGCAGCUGAUGAACACCCGGAUGGGGCAGUACCUGAGCAGCCACCCGUCCCUGGCCCUCACCCUGUUGGUGUUCAGCGUCAUGGCCACAGUGCCUGUUGGACUUUUCCUGUGUUUUGCACUGGUGACCAUCACUCUCAAUGCAGUAGGGUUUGUUUUCUUCGAGGUUUUCCUUUUGUGUGUAGGAGGGGUGACGCUGCUGUGCGUGCUCUCUGGCCUGGUUCUCUUCUCCAUCGUGUUUUCUUUGGUCGUAAAUGCUUGUUACAUCACUACCUCCAACAUCCUCAACUUCUACCACACUCAGCGGACGGCGUCUGAGUGGGACAUCCCUGUGAAGGCCAGAGGGAGUGAAACUUCAAGAUUGGCACACAGGAAACCGUAGCUUUGUUUUUCUGUGGAUUAGCACUCCUCAAUCUGGCUGGCUGGGAUUCAUGGAUUCAGACACUUGAUCAACUCUGGGACCCUGCAGUUACAGGAUAUAUUCUCUGACCGCACAGCUACUCUGUUAGCUUCUUAUAUAUGACAAAAGCUCAAAUAUAACUUAAAAAAAAAAUGCUGCGAAAUGUUACAUGGAAUGUCUUUAUA